AUGCGGGCCGUGAAGAUGCGUAACGACGGUCACCGCCUCGCCGUCGAAGUCUUCAGCAGCCACGACGUGCUCGCCGCGGACGGCGCAGCGCAGGACUGCCAUCACCCAGCUGCGGGUCCGGCCUCCGCUGCGAUGAGCCUGCUGUGCGGCAGCAAGGGCUCCUCGAGGCCACCGUUGACACAGAGCCGUCCAAACAGCGGUGGCGUCGUCGUCCUCGGCGAUGUGGAGAACACAAAGGAGACCCAACUCGAUUACCUCAACGAUGCAGACAGCCCGUGUGCGGUGUGCCGCACCGACCCGCUCGCCCAUGCGUUCGCACGCGACGCCCCGCUGACCUUCACGGCACGGGACGAACCGCUAGUGGUGGCGCGCAUCCCGCUGCACUUUCACGAGAUGCUGUCCACGAUCGACCAGCAACUGCAGUACCGACAGCGGCAGGCCGCGCAUCAGGACUCCGUGGACGCGGCGCCGCUUUCUCCGCUGCCAUCCUCGUCGCCGCCGCGGCCACGUGCGCUCUCCGACGCAGAAACUCCCGCCCCUGUAUCGGACUUUAUACGAGAGCGUUUGCCACUCGCCGUGGGUCGGGUGCCGGGGUGCAGAACGAAGAUGACGCACCCCUCCGCAGAGGCCGACGCGGACGGCGACGACGACGGCGACGACGACGAUCACCACCACGCAGCAGCAGCAGCAGCAGCAGCAGCAGCGAUGCGUCAAGCGCAGGAAUUAACCGCCGCAGACGAGCAGCGGAUUUACGGCGAGCGCGUCGCGGAGGAGGUGCUGGAGUACCUACUCUGUCCCAGCUCUUCACGCUGUCGCAACGCUGCGGAGGAGGAGGAAGAGGAAGAAGAGGAAGACGCCGAACAUGCGAGCAACCGACCGCCGCAGCAGCGGCAUCGACACCUGGAGGACGAGCGGCGUUACGCCAUGGUGGAGGCGUGCCUCAGCGGACUGCGUGAAAUUCCGUCAGACUCGGUGGAGUACGGUGAGAUGCUCCGUCGCCUUGUUCGGGCUGCCGAUGCGCGUGUGGCGUCGACAGAGCAGCAGCAGCAGCGUGCAUCGCAGUCGGAGCCCGAAAUGGAUGCCGACGUAGAGGUCGAUGUGCCGGCGUACGUACGUCAGCUUCUGAUCGGGUGCGCGCAGCCGGACAGCAGUGACGAUGCCGUGACUGAUGCGGCGGCGGCGGCGGUGGCGGCGAACAACAGAGCCGCGUCGCCUUUGGCCGGGGCGGAGCCGCGCGUCCCGGUGGUGACCUCGACCUUGCGCGCCACGCUCGACGCAUUGCUCCCGCCGCGUAUGUUGCUCUACUACAUGGUGGACUACGAAGUCGCCGUCGAGGUCCAGCAGCAGCGGCAGACGACGCUGGCGCAGCAGGCAUUGCUCCGGCAGGCGCUGCAAGAGCACCCAAAUGACCGGCAGAGUCGGGCUGAAUUAGCGGAGUGUGCUACACUGCUGACGGAGGAGUACGCUCAGGCCCCGAUCGGGGUGAUGCUGGUGGUGCUGGAGCGCACGAGUGAGGUGCAGGCCCCGCGCGAGUACCUAAAAAGGCUGGAGCAGUCGCUGGAACAAAUACUGGCGCAGUGCCACGCACGCUGCUGUGGGCGGCCGUUAACGCUGUCCUCCAGCGCCCAAAACGCGCAGCAGCAGCCGACGUCCGCCACGGCGGCAACGAAAACCACCGCGAGCGUCGCCUUCACGCCGAAGAGGCCGGCCGAUGCCAAACCGACGGGGGAAAAGGGGCUGCCGAAGAGCUGCACUGCCGCCGCUGCUGCUGCUGCUGCCGGCCCCACACCGACCACCACCGUGAUUGCGAGUGGAAAGGACCCGGUGUGCACCCGCACCACGCGUCCACCGCCGGCACGCCCCACCGCGCUGUCGUCCAGCGGCGGCGGCUCCGCGAGUGUGGCCACCACCCUGAACGUGCUGGAGUUGAAUAAGGAGCGCCGGCUGGUGCAGUUCGACCUGCUCGGCGAGGAGCUGCUACGGCAGGUCACCGUCGACUUGCCGGAGCGCGGCGUGCUUCUGCGGCGACUGCUGGGCGAGGCGCAGCUCUCGCUGGCCGCACGCGGCGUCGUCGCACGCGAGCGGCUCAGCGCGACUCAGGAGCACUUGUUGGAUGGGCAGGAUGAUCGCGAAGAGCUCGCCGCGGCCCACGCCCGACUAGAGGCGGAGGCGGCGCAGCUGCGAGAUCGACUGACGUUCCUGCAGGUGCGCAAGGCAGGACUGGAGGCCUUGGUGGUGGAGCGCAAAGCUCGCGCCAAGGCCGAGACGCACACGCGGAUGGAGUUUCAGAAUAAGCUGCGCGAGCGCCUGACAGCGCACACGGAGGCGAUGAAGGCGGCGCAGGACGCGGCCCGGCAGAGUGCGCUGGCCUGA